AUGUGCCAGCAGAUGAUCGCGAAACCACUUUUUUCUUGCACAGAGAUACAUUUUUUGCUUUCGCAACAUUCGAUCGCUCAGACGCAUAAUUGUACCUGCAAGAGCUGUUUAGAUGGAGAAGUACCAGUACGAGAAUGCCCGCUGGAUCGCUUUCUGACGGACACAUUGCCAGUUGAUAUCGACGACGCGUGCGUACCUUCCCUGGUUCUUUUGCGAUGCCUCUACGCUCUCAAUCGUUUCUGGUGGACUCUUUUUGAUGACGAGGAGGUACCACCGACCAGUCAUGCUCCCCUCCUCUCCAGCACGGCUUUCCAUUCGUCAAAGCUCAAUGCUAAAGUCGGACGACAGUUGUCGGAUUUCUUGUCCGUAGCUACGCAACAAAUUCCAAAGUGGAUCGGUGAUUUGAUCAAGGCCGUGCCUUUUAUUUUCACGUUCUCAUCUCGCCGCAAUUACCUGUACUGUACAGCAUUUGGUCGUGACAGGGCGCUGAUGCAUCUCGUUAACCAGACGGACGGUGGGCAAGCGGACGGUGAAAGCGGCCGUUUGACACCACGUCUUGAAAGACGCAAAGUUUCGCUCGAUAUACCACUGAAUCCUGUAUUUUUUAAAUGGCUUUGUGGCGAUGAUAAAGUGUUUGGCCUGGAUGAUUUGGAAAUAUUUGAUAAGUAUCUGUAUCAGUCGUUACGGGCACUCAUUCUUACGGAUCCGGAUGACUUUAACUCUCUUGAGCAGGUUAGGUUAUUUGUCAUAAUCAAAGUAGUAUAGUU